UCAUUCUUUUUCAGCAAUCACAAUGGGUAACCAGCAUGCACUAGUAUUACUAGUGCUAAUCGCACUUAGUGCAUUCCAGCUAACAUUUACCAGCUCAAUUCAUUCGGUCGAUUCGACAUUCGACAGUAAUAGUCUUUUGGACGAUGAGGCCAAUGACAAUAUCUUGGAGUUGGCACAUUCAACAGAGCACGGCAUCAAAAUUUCCACACCCAAGGUGAAAGACAUGCCCCUAACCUCUACAACAACCACAGAAACCGUGCGUCCCGCAAGAGUAGCGGCGACAAAGCAUGCCAAGAAAUCCACUAAAACAACAACUACAGCUGCGACGCAUCCACAGUUAAGCGAUGAGGCAUUGAAUACACUCAUCGAAGAAACAGAACAUGGCGACCAUCAACAGAUGAACGAUGAGACACUCAACGAUCUGAUCGAAGCAUCAAAACAUAGCGCCGCACUUGCCGACGAUCCAAGAUUCAAUAAACUGUUGCCGAAUAAAUUCAAGACGGAGAAUUCCACCGUCACGAAUAAUAAAAGCGAAGAGGCUUACUACGAUUAUGACGCUGACGAUUAUGAUGAUGAGUAUAGCUAUGAUGAUGAGUUGGUCAAUACAGAAUCUGCUCAAAAGACAAAAACCAGCACCACAGCGAAGCCAACGGGAGAACGUAAUGCGGCAACGAAGAGCAACAAGAGGGUGGAAAUGAAACCGAUCAAGGAAGAAAAACAGUCAUCUUCCAAGUCGAAAUCAACGGAUAACAUUCAGGAGCAAAGUGAGAAGAAAAUCGAAGACUUGGACGAGGAUGACUAUGAUGACGACGAUGAUGGUGAUGAAGACGACGAUAUUAACGAUGAGGAGGAGAUCGUUUUCAAUCAGAAUGUGCCUUGCCCAAGAUACUGCGUUUGCGCACGCAACGUUAACAGCUAUCUGGUAGCGACAUGCAGCCGUUUUGAUCCUGAAACACAGAAAUUCGGUUCUGACAUCACCGAUUUGAUCGUAACGGAUGUUGGUCCAAAAUAUCCCAUUUUGUUGGGACCAGAAUUCUUCCUGCAGAUGGGUUUGAAAUAUGUGUCCUCGAUCAAGAUUUCAAAUUGCACUAUUGAGUUCCUACAUCCCGAUGCUUUCCAUGGCUUGGAUGAGUUAUACUCGGUGAAUUUGACGAAUGUCGGUUUGGCUGUCAUCAAUCCCAACACUUUCUCAAAGAAUAAGAAGCUACGCCUGCUGACCAUCUCCGGCAAUGAUUUGAGCGUUAUGUCUAAUGUGCAUUUCCUACUCAAUUCCUCAAGCAUUGAGGAACUGGAUCUGUCACGCAACAACUUAAUGGAGCUGAACCCACAAGCUUUCUCGCAACUGUUAAAUGUAGUCUACAUUAAUUUGUCACAGAAUAACUUGCAGAAGAUUCCCGAACAUGUCUUCGAUUCCGUUGAGACGAUCGAGGAAUUGGAUUUGUCUUACAACGCGCUGAAAACCCUGCCUGCCACCGUCUUCAACCGCACUGCGCUUGCUAUAUUGCAUUUGAAAUACAACUCUAUUACCGGCGACUUACACUUUGGCACCGAUGAUCUACAACAACUCGAUCUUAGCUUCAACAGCAUCAAGAAAAUCCAUCAUGGCAUGUUCGAUAAAAUGACUGGCCUGACUAACCUUAAUCUCAAGGGUAAUGGCAUUACUACCAUCCAGCCUGAUUCCUUCUUGGCGCUGAAGAGCUUGCGUCAUAUUGAUCUGUCUAUCAACGACUUAGAUCAAGUCAAUGCCAUGAUUUUCUUCAANGCGCUCGGCCACAAAACCUUUUCAACAAUGCCACAUUUGGCCACAUUGAAGCUCGCCUGGAACAACAUCAACAACUUGGAGCGUGACACUUUCAUCAGCCUUACUAAGCUGACCGAACUGGACUUGAGCAACAAUUUGAUUGCCCGUUUGGAUGAGCUCCUUUUCAUGAACAACAACGAACUGACUAAACUGAAUCUGGCCGGCAACCCAAUACGCAAACUUUCCGUGCGCCUCUUCAUGCCACUGAGCAAACUACGCGAAUUGGACGUAAGCGAUUGUGAACUGACUUCGUUACUCUCCGAGAACCAAUAUGGCAUGGGCCGUAAAUACAAAUUCUACGACACUUUGCGUAGCUUCAAUGCCUCGUCCAAUCAAAUUAAACGCGUAUCCUCCGGAGAUGUGCGCAGCUUCAAGAAUCUACGUACGCUGGACAUUUCACACAACCCACUCAAGUGCAACGAAGACUUCCAAGACUUCAUCAACUACGUAUCGCUUACGCCCAACUUAGGUACCAACAAACUGCCAACGCUUGCCAAUCUCGAAGGUGACGCAAUUGUCGAAUAUCAACCACACGCUGACUGGGCUGCGCUGGCGCAUGAGGUGUGCCGCCGUCAAGAGACUACUGUGAGCAAGACAAAGCAGAAGAGUUUGGAAAAACGCAUCGAGCAGGCGGACAAGGUGUUGGACGACGAUGCAAGAAGUCUGUGGAAGAUUGUGGAGAACACAAAGCACGAUAAACACAAGAUACUGAAGGAUACAGAUAACAGCGAGGUGUCUAUUGCGGGUAGCUUGGAUGAGGAGAGUGCGGAAGAGGACGAGAACACCGCCGAGGAGAGCAAAGACGACGAAGAGGAGGAAGAAAACGAUAGCGAAUAUGACGAAGAUGAAGACGACGAGGAUGAUGAGGAUGACGAUGAAGACGACAAUGGUAAAAAGAGCAACGAUGAAGACAUCGAAAAGAAGAUUGACAUUACUAAGCUGCAUGACUUUGGCAUGCGCGUCGAAGAAGUGAACCUGAAUAAAGAAACGAAGGAUGAAUUCUUGUUGAAUAAAUUCUUGUUGAAUGGCGAGGACUCUAGCGAAAACAACGCCGAAGAGGAAAUUAUCAUUGAACGCGGUCGCAUCUAUUAUGAAGGCUCCAGAUUCCUAGUGCCCGCAGUUGUGAUCUUUUUAUGCCUAUUCAUCAUUUUGGCCGUCAUCACCAAGAUCGUUAUGGUUAUGUUGCGUAAACGUGGCGAACGUUAUCGCAUGGCGCUGUUGGCUUCCUCCAACAACUCGAUCGUCUAUCAGAAACUUAGCGAAGAAAUCAAUCCUAAGGUAAAGGAACCGAAGGUACCGAAAGUGCAUCGCUAUGCACCAAUUAAUCAGGUCUAAGGCAAGAGGCCGAACAUAAAUGGGCCGCAGGCAAAUUUAGACAAGAGGAAUUGAAGCCCAUACUAAUAGCAGUUGUUGGGAACUGGAUGAGUAAAUGUGAAAAGGGCAUGGGAGUUGAAAGAGAAAAAAACAAAACUCAAAACACAACCACUUGUUAUUAAAAUGUUUUAAUUUUAAGCAAAACUAUAUAAUAAAAAUAUGAAAAAUAGUAAAAUGCAAAACACAACUAAAACAGAGAAAAACGCACACUAAACGAAAUACAUACAUAUACAUGUAGGUAUGUGAAAUUUGUAACAAGGCGGGAACCAAGUAUUAAUAAUGAAUCAUACUUAAAUACAAAACAUAAUAAUACUAUUUUACGUUACUAAACUGAUGCAGUACUUAAAUAAGCUUAACUACGAGACAUGAAAAUUCAUAAAAAUUAACUAUUUCUGUUUAAUUUUUUCGAUUUCCCUCCCAAGUUUGAUUAACAGAACACGCCAACCGAUCUACGAACUAACGCAAGGGAGAAGGUGAAAAAAGUGAUCAAAAUUAAUUAAUAAUUGUCUUACACAAAGCAACUGAAAGCAUUUUAUAUAAAUAAUUUACAAUUAAUUUAAAGAUAGUGGAAAAAACGCCAAACCCAUUCCAUCAAUUUACAACAUACUAAGCAAAGACUUUCAAAGAAUACCUAAAAUACUUAGUGCCAUGGUUUGAAAAUUUUCGGAACUAAAGAGGAUUACAUGUUUGAAAAAAAAAUACGUGUAGAUGUGUAGAUACCUCCAAAAAUAUUCAGUAUGCUAUUCGCACGACAAAAUUAAUAUAAA